AUGUCAGAUGAAUACUCCAAGGUUUCCGGGGUGGCGGCUUCCAAUACACUCCUGAAUAUGCAACGGUUUUCAAACACACAGCAUCAGGGGUCUUUUUCUCUGAACAUGCGCUCGAGCAGAAAGUCGGUAGCGGGUUCUAUGGCGAGAGCCUACAAACUGGCACAAUACUUCCGUGUGCUGCCUUGUUUGUUUUCAGAACAGAUUUUCUGUUUUGCUGCCUGCCUGCUCAAGUGGUUUCGACUGGAGACCAUGCGACAAGAAGCUUUAGCGGCAUCGUUGGUCAAAGGUCAUCAUGGGGAUCGCCAGAUGGCUGUUGUUGGGCAGGCUGGCGGAUCAGAAUUCCAAUUACAGAAACCUUCAGAAGAUCAAGACGAACCCAUCGAAGGGUUUGAAUCUCACAAUUUGGAACCGGUUGUACAAGCUGUUGGGUCGAUGAAUGAUGAAGUUGAACAGGAGGAUACAUUGAGUGGAGCAUCAGACGAGCUUCCCGGAGAAAGUCAACAACCCACAGAAGCUGAAGAUGGGGCGGAAGAAGAACUCACACGUAGUAGUGAUGAACAGGACGUGCCGGUGGAGCGGCCAAUCUACGGAAAUCUGAAUAAGUCCGUUCUCACCAGGAUCAGUUACGCAAACGCCCGUGAACGUCGGGACACUUACAAACUUGCAUUCAACACGAUGAAAUAUUCCUCGAUUUUGGAAAAGCUUUUAGAGGAAAUUGCGUUCUUCCUGGAAUAUCCGGAUCUGAAAGACGAGGAGUAUUUAGUACUAGUUCUGGCCUACGAUUACGCAAUGCGGAAUUUCCAACGACGCGUUCCUCUUCCCAACGAUCGCCAACUUCCCACACCAGAGAGAUAUUUCGAAUAUCUGUCAAACAAUCGGUUAGUGCUAUAUCCAGCCGGUAACGAAUUGUUUACGGUUGCGGAGGCGGCGGUUCAGGCUAUGUGUAUGCGUCUGGCAGCUGCGGUGGCCCGGGUUCGCGUGCGCAAUCAAGUAGGGUCACUCCGACUUUUGCUCCCGGAAGAAUGGCGCUCAUCGGAACAAAUGGCGGAGGUAAUGCCAACGUACGGUUGGUAUAAUCAGCUACUUGGCAAGCAGGAUAUUGUCACGACUUGGUUAAAAGACCAUGGAUUCAGGAGGAUUAUGGCUGGUCGAAUGCCUCAGCCCCUGGAGUAUGCCUCAGACAGGCACUGCUCCGACGUAUUUGUGUUCAACAAGAUGGAUGUCAGCAAUCUGCUCGACUCAGAGAUUGUCCAACAAAGGAACUUGGUGCUCCAGGACAAAAGCAGUUGCCUUGGAGUUCACUGCUGUCUGGCCAAUGUUACCGGAGGCGAAGAGGUCCUAUUUGUCAACUGCAUCAAUGUCUUCUCCCCGGUUCACAUGGAAGGACUUAUCGGAAACAAGUUCCCGCUCAUACAACCUGUUCCACAAGUUCGUGUAAUCCGGCAAAUGAAAGAAGAUGAAGAUUCCCGAUUAACCCUGAAAAUGGGCUCAAAAGUUAUCAGAGCAUCAACUGAGGAAUUUUUAUCCGUCGAACCUAACAGCGAAAAACAAAAAUCGAUCCGCCAUAUCUAUAUUGAGAGCAGUGACAGCCGUUCCGCUGUAGUCAAUCCAGUGGGGUUCCUGGAAGUUGAAGCCGACGAUCUGAGCAUCCUGAGGGAUAUGUGGACACCUUCAGGGAACCCUUCCAGGGAAAGUCGACGCAUGGAGAUGAUUAGUAAAUCAUCGUCGCUCCUAAGGCACGCUUUGAAAUUCGCUGGUGUUCGUACGGUUACCUUCCUCAGCCAUUCACAGGAUCCCGAUGAAACAGAUGGCUUAGUUGCAAAGGUAGUCGAUGCAACCAACCGCUUAUUGCUGAGAGAAGCUGAAGCUCUAGCGGCGUCAAUGCGGAGUGCUCCCACGGGGACUGCGUUUAACCCGCAUGUACCCACGUUUCCCGGGUUGCAAGAGGAACGGGACGCAUACGAAGCUGGCAAACCAAGUAUUAUAACGAAAAAUAAGACAAUACGCGUUCCACCUUCACAGGAGACUAACGGCUUCUACAUAGUGAUUCUUCACAAGGAGCAAAUACUUUUGAAAUCAGCGGACGAGCUACGACAGGAAGCUGAUCAGGCCGGAAGAGGAGGUAAAGAAGCCAAAGGGAGAGGAAAAGGCAAGAGACAUGAAGUCUACCCUACCGUUGACAUUACUACAACUGUGAAACACGCCUUUCAAGUUUCCUUUGUUGAUUCAUGUAUGGAAAUACCUUCGAUAGCCAGCAUUGAGCCUUCGAAGACAGUAAUACACUGUGUUGUACGAGUUCAAAAUGUAUGUCUUACGGACCUGAA